AUGGCAGUCCCUUUCUUCUCACAAAUGGAUGACCAGCUUCUUGAUGCCAUAUGUGAACGACUUGUUUCGUCCUUGAGUACGACAGACACCUAUAUUGUUAGAGAGGGUGAUCCGGUAAAUGAAAUGAUUUUUGUUAUUAGGGGGCAACUGGAGAGCUCCACAACAAAUGGAGGAAGGUCUGGGUUCUUCAACUCCAUCACAUUAAGACCUGGUGACUUCUGUGGGGAGGAAUUACUGACAUGGGCCUUAAUGCCUAACCCAAGCCUAAACCUGCCUUCUUCGACUCGAACUGUCAGAACCCUUUCUGAAGUUGAAGCUUUUGCACUUCGAGCAGAAGACCUCAAGUUUGUCGCAAGUCAGUUUAAGCGUCUUCACAGCAAGAAGCUUCAGCAUGCGUUCAGGUACUAUUCUCACCAGUGGAGGACAUGGGGUGCUUGCUUUCUGCAAGCAGCAUGGAGAAGGUACGAAAAGAGAAAGCAGGCAAAGGCGUUGACUCUAAAAGAGAGUUUCCAUUACAUGUCUAUCCCUGACUAUACAAGUAAUAGCAGUGAUGAUGGGAGUGGUCAAAUGGAUAAUGCAAACAAUGUUCAGCAUCUUGGAGCCACAAUUUUGGCUUCAAAGUUUGCUGCAAAUACAAGAAGAGGGGUUAACGAGAAAGUUCGGAUAGAUGACCAUGCUUCUUCCAGCCUAAAGAUGCCUCAAUUGAUUAAGCCCGAUGAGCCUGAUUUCUCUGCAUACCAAGAUGACGGAUAGCAAGUAUAGGAAACAUAAUCAAUCAGAAAAUAAAGAUAGAAGCUAAUGAGAGGUUAGUUAGGGUUAUUUUUCCAUGGUUCGUUAUCAAUUGUAUAUUUGUUAGUGCUGUAUUGUUUGUUUUGAUUCCAU